AUGCUGAACACAGUCCAUGUAAUACUUCCAAAGAUAAGCUUCUGUUAUCCUAGUUCUGAGUUAGGCAUCCCGUCGCAAGAACAACUCGAUCUUGCCUCGCAAGGAAUACCAACAAAUAGCAUGAAGAAAUCACCACCGACCACAUCCUAUGUUCCUGUUACAAAACCACUAAUUCUAGCCAAGACUGCGAGCGGGGACUUCAAUUCCCCGCGCCGCGGAAUUCCUAGAACUGACGUCACAUUCCUGGAACCGAGCGACCGAAUACCUCCUCGCACAUCCUAUGUUCCUGUUACAAAACCUCUAAUCCUAGCCAAGACCGCGAGCGGGGACUUCAAUUCCCCGCGCCGCGGAAUUCCUAGAACUGACGUCACAUUCCUGGAACCGAGCGACCGAAUACCUCCUCGCACAUCCUAUGUUCCUGUUACAAAACCUCUAAUUCUAGCCAAGACUGCGAGCGGGGACUUCAAUUCCCCGCGCCGCGGAAUUCCUAGAACUGACGUCACAUUCCUGGAACCGAGCGACCGAAUACCUCCUCGCACAUCCUAUGUUCCUGUUACAAAACCUCUAAUUCUAGCCAAGACUGCGAGCGGGGACUUCAAUUCCCCGCGCCGCGGAAUUCCUAGAACUGACGUCACAUUCCUGGAACCGAGCGACCGAAUACCUCCUCGCACAUCCUAUGUUCCUGUUACAAAACCUCUAAUUCUAGCCAAGACUGCGAGCGGGGACUUCAAUUCCCCGCGCCGCGGAAUUCCUAGAACUGACGUCACAUUCCUGGAACCGAGCGACCGAAUACCUCCUCGCACAUCCUAUGUUCCUGUUACAAAACCUCUAAUUCUAGCCAAGACUGCGAGCGGGGACUUCAAUUCCCCGCGCCGCGGAAUUCCUAGAACUGACGUCACAUUCCUGGAACCGAGCGACCGAAUACCUCCUCGCACAUCCUAUGUUCCUGUUACAAAACCUCUAAUUCUAGCCAAGACUGCGAGCGGGGACUUCAAUUCCCCGCGCCGCGGAAUUCCUAGAACUGACGUCACAUUCCUGGAACCGAGCGACCGAAUACCUCCUCGCACAUCCUAUGUUCCUGUUACAAAACCUCUAAUUCUAGCCAAGACUGCGAGCGGGGACUUCAAUUCCCCGCGCCGCGGAAUUCCUAGAACUGACGUCACAUUCCUGGAACCGAGCGACCGAAUACCUCCUCGCACAUCCUAUGUUCCUGUUACAAAACCUCUAAUUCUAGCCAAGACUGCGAGCGGGGACUUCAAUUCCCCGCGCCGCGGAAUUCCUAGAACUGACGUCACAUUCCUGGAACCGAGCGACCGAAUACCUCCUCGCACAUCCUAUGUUCCUGUUACAAAACCUCUAAUUCUAGCCAAGACUGCGAGCGGGGACUUCAAUUCCCCGCGCCGCGGAAUUCCUAGAACUGACGUCACAUUCCUGGAACCGAGCGACCGAAUACCUCCUCGCACAUCCUAUGUUCCUGUUACAAAACCUCUAAUUCUAGCCAAGACUGCGAGCGGGGACUUCAAUUCCCCGCGCCGCGGAAUUCCUAGAACUGACGUCACAUUCCUGGAACCGAGCGACCGAAUACCUCCUCGCACAUCCUAUGUUCCUGUUACAAAACCUCUAAUUCUAGCCAAGACUGCGAGCGGGGACUUCAAUUCCCCGCGCCGCGGAAUUCCUAGAACUGACGUCACAUUCCUGGAACCGAGCGACCGAAUACCUCCUCGCACAUCCUAUGUUCCUGUUACAAAACCUCUAAUUCUAGCCAAGACUGCGAGCGGGGACUUCAAUUCCCCGCGCCGCGGAAUUCCUAGAACUGACGUCACAUUCCUGGAACCGAGCGACCGAAUACCUCCUCGCACAUCCUAUGUUCCUGUUACAAAACCUCUAAUUCUAGCCAAGACCGCGAGCGGGGACUUCAAUUCCCCGCGCCGCGGAAUUCCUAGAACUGACGUCACAUUCCUGGAACCGAGCGACCGAAUACCUCCUCGCACAUCCUAUGUUCCUGUUACAAAACCUCUAAUUCUAGCCAAGACUGCGAGCGGGGACUUCAAUUCCCCGCGCCGCGGAAUUCCUAGAACUGACGUCACAUUCCUGGAACCGAGCGACCGAAUACCUCCUCGCACAUCCUAUGUUCCUGUUACAAAACCUCUAAUUCUAGCCAAGACUGCGAGCGGGGACUUCAAUUCCCCGCGCCGUGGAAUUCCUAGAACUGACGUCACAUUCCUAGAACCGAGCUACCGAAUACCUCCUCGCACAUCCUAUGUUCCUGUUACAAAACCUCUAAGUCUAGCCUAUAUGGAGAGGAGUAUUUCAUAUAAUUAUCUAAUAUACAGUAUGUUGGAAUAA